UUCAAAAUAUUAUAACUGAUAAUUACUCGUAGUAAUGGCGCCAUACAACGAGGACAUGGAAACGUUUUCAAGCGCCGCUGUUAUGGAGACAGAUGUUGUGCCAGUAAUAUCGGGUAGUGGAGACAGGGACAACACUGGUGAACUCCCUAAAUCAAUCCUCGACUAUUACAUUAACAUCGAGAAGGUUCUUGAGCGAGAAGAGUUUGAUAACGACAUGGAACGAGGGCUGCUGGAGGAGAAGUUGCUAGAGCAGAUUCAGAGCGAUGGGAUAACUAAAAUACUGUACCACUGGGACUGUAGCAGAGUUGUAGAAAGACUGCUGGUAAACUGCUCGAGCGGCACUCUCCUCGAGGUCGGAGCUCUUCUUCUCCCUCAUAUUGUGGAAAUAGCGUGUCAUAACUUUGCUUCGCACGUUCUAGAGCUGUUCAUCAUGAAGCUCGUCAGGGAAAUUUAUACUAAAGAGACGCAUGAAGUGGUUGAACUCGCAGAGAAUCUGUUCAGAAAGUUGUGUCUGGAUGUUGCCAACCUUAUCUCCAGUGUCCACGGCUCUUAUCUUCUAAGAAUAGCUCUGCAGGUGUUAGUAGGAGUACGAGUAGAGGAGGACAAGAGGAAGAGAAAACGGUGGGAUAUUGGUAAAAACAGUUUCUACGAGACAUCCAACACUCAUCCGUCACUGAAGAAGAUCUUACACAAGUUUACGAAGCGACUCGUUAAAAUUGAUGUAGGGGACUUGAUGUGGAGUGAAAAAGGCGCUCCCCUGCUGUCGGUGCUCCUGAUACUGUUACAUCGGACGAACAAUAAGUCUCUACCAAACCUCAAAUCUGUUAUCUCCUCCUCAUUUGAUAAGAAAGUAACGGACUACCAGGGGUUCGAGCAGUUUGGGUCCUUGCCUGCUGUUUUACUGGAUAGCAAGGCUAGCUAUGUAGUCCAAUCUUUUAUCAAGAUCUGCAGUAAAGAGGAACUGGAGAAUCUGUACAAUCAGCAGUACAAGGAUAUAGUAGUUCCCUUAUCCCUCCAUUCUACAGCUAACUACACUAUACAGACACUGCUUGAACAUGUACCCUCUCGCGCCCUGGCUCAGGAUAUGUGCUCUAAGAUUGUGCCUAUUUUUGAGGAUUUGCUUGCGGAGUCCAUCACAGGAGUCGUCAUCAGCGUUACCAAGUGUUGUCACCACCACGGUCUUACCUCCAACUUUGACAUCAUUAAAGUUCUACAGGAGGCAUUCCACAUUCCUGACGAUCAGCUUCAUCUUUUUUUCAGAUGCAUCAUGUCGUUGACCACCCACGAUGUUUUGUUGGGUAAACUGGAGUCGUAUAAGAAACCCACUCUAAGUGGAAAGCCGAGAAGGGACAGGUUUGAGGCAACCCUGGCGGGGUCCCUCUUAUUGCAGGGUCUGUUCCAACUGGGACUGGUAGGAUCGCUAGAGGAAGGGUUAUGUGGUCUGAGUGAGGAUCACAUCGUGUAUCUCUCUACUGACCCUCAGUCCUCCCAUGCCAUACAGGCAUUCCUCUCCUCACUCACCAUUCCCGCUACUCAGAAGCACAGGUUCCUAAAAACAGCAGUAUUCGUAGUUGACAGGUUGGUGACCACCCCGUCCGGCAGUAGAAUAGUUGAGGCUAUGUGGCACGCUGCUGACAGUCAGAUAAAAUCUUCCAUCGCUCAGAUUCUAAUCUCAAAAGAGUCAGCUGUCAGAGACAACACAUAUGGUUCCAUAGUGUGGAGGAAUUGCAAUUUGAAAGCUUUCAAACUAGGCGUCAGUUCGUGGGAAGAAUCCGAGAGGAAGAAAAAGAAAAACAUUGAAUCAUUUGAAAAAAUAAUCAGUGAUAAAGUGACUGCGGAUAAAGAAAAUGGUACAGAAAAUAAUGAGUUAUCUAAUGAUACUGAUAUGGUCGAAAGUGCUAUAUUAAAUGAUAUUGUAAAGCCAGUAAAAACUAAGAAGACGAAAAAGAAAAGGACAGAUAGUGAAAAUGCUAAUAAUACCACGAAAAAAGUAAAAAAAUCGAAGAAGAUUAAAGAGAGUAUCAAUGAUUGACGAGCCUUUAUUUUUAAAGUUCCCUAUUCGAAAUAUUCCUUUGGUACAGUGGUUGAUUUUCAGUGUGAAUGGUUUGACGCUUUUAAUUUAUUAAACUUGGUAAUAUACAGGAUGUUUUAUGAACGUUAUUGAUUGGACAGUUUUAACUUUUAA